AUAAUCAACAAUGGAUCAACGAUAAGCUCGUCCAACUCGAGUUCAAUCGCGUCAUCGUCCACAUACACAUCGAUUCCGGACGUGAGCUCAACACCAAAAAAGAACGCCUCUACCUCGACAUCGAAUCAAAAGAUCAGCUCAACCCCGAAUCAAAAAGCAACGUCACUCGCUAAACCAGGACAGGUCCAAGCACCGUCUGCCAAGACGCAAUUAACGUCUAAAUCAGCAAUUACCAAGCCGACGGCUCUUAAGCCUCCGGCGACCACUACUGCACAAGCGACUGAUCCAACACCACAAUCAAAAAUGCUCAAGCUGAAAGUUGUUCAGUGCAAAGGAGAAAGACAAGAAGGACGCCUCUACGCCUGCAUCUCCGGCGCCGGUGAAGAAAGUCUCCAACUUGGUCCAGCCAAAAUCAAGUGGUUUGGCCAAACCUAA